GCUGGACAGCGAAAGCUGGUUCAGACAUUAUAAUCAAAGAGGCCCACCAUUCUCUCAAGAAUCAAGAACAUUUUCUAUAUCCUUCAAAUUUUCUAGACGAUACGAUGAUUAUUUGAUUAAAGAAGCAGAAGCAGAUAGAUCAUGAUGCGAUACAAAGAGGAAAAAGAGGCAAAGAAGGAAGCUUUCAGGAAGUAUCUCGAGUCUAGUGGAGUUCUUGACGCUCUUACCAAAGUUCUGGUUUCUUUGUAUGAGCAAAAUGAGAAGCCUUCCUCUGCCCUUGAAUUUAUCCAACAAAAGUUAGGCGGUCCGAGUUUGUCUGAGUAUGAAAAGCUGCAAACUGAAAUGUCAGAUUUGCAGAUAAAAUAUAAUGAUCUUUCAGCAACACACCAGGAAAUCUGUAAAGAGCUGGAAGAACUUAAGCACUUGCAUAAUAUCACAUCUACUACAGAAACCACCAACAGCGAGGCAACCAGGGAUGAACUUCACAACUGAAUGUGGAAGGGAACUUGUACAAGUUGCAAUACUGAACAAACUCUUCAAAACAUCGAGGAACUGGGUUGGAACCAUUAUUGUCCCAAAUUAUUAUGGCAUGCUAGUUGAGGAACUGAACUGAGUUGGAACACAAGUUCGUCCAUGUUGUUUUGCUACUCUAGUUGAGUUUUAUUUAUAUUUUCCCAUUCUGCUAACUUCCUCUGAAACUUGUAACCAUAGCUUCCUUCAAAAUGUAUGGCACGUCAGCUUAAAUUACUUUAAAAAGUUUUA